AUGUCAGAACAUCUGGAAGUGGCAUAAAUAGCAAUAGUUAUAUUUUUUAUCUUUAUUGCUUUAACAAUAGGAGGAAUAGUAAGUGAAAUCACAAAGAAGAUUAUGAUUCCAUAUCCUGCUGCAGUUUUUCUGGUAGGUAUAUUAAUUGGAUCUCAAUUUAAUACUAUUCAUAAUCAUAUAUUACAAAGAACAGUUUAAGCAGCCUUUGAUAUAGAUGCUAAUUCUAAUAUGACAUUGUUUUUACCAGCCUUAGUAUUUAGUAGUGCUUUCAAUGCAGAUAUUUAUAUUAUGAAAUAAUAGAUUAUGCAAAUAUUUAUGUUAUCAUUUCCUAGUCUACUCAUUUCAGCAUCUUUAAUAUGUUUAGGAUUGAAAUUAUUAUUAGAAUAUGAUGAUGAAUAUUAUAGUUGGGGAUUUGCAUUUGUAUUUGGAGUAGUAGUAACAUGUACUGACACACUUCAGGUUGUAAAAUUAUUAAGUAACGCUGAAGCUCCAAAAAGAUUCAUAUCUUUAGUUUAAGGUGAGAGUUUAAUAAAUAAUUGUGCUUCAAUGGUAUUAAUGUUGAUAGCAGUUAAUUGUGCAAGAGGAGAUUGUGAUCUACUUACAGUAGAAUUAUCAUAUGGUGUGUCAUUACUUUUAGGAGGAGCAUUUGUUGGUAUAAUGUUUGGAUUAUUUACUGUUUGGUGGAUAAGAAGAGUAAAUCAUAAUUCUAUAUUAACUAUCAAUUUAACAAUAGUUUCUGCCUAUGUAACAUAUUUUGUGGCUGAAUCUGUAGAUUUAGGUUUUACAAAGAAUGGAUUAGUUGCAGUCAUAUCUUUAGGAUUAUUUAUGUCUGCUUUUUCAAAAAUUAGAAUAAGAACUGAAGUAGAACAUCCAUUAUAAAUCUUUUGGUAAUAUACUUAAUUUGCUAAUGAAACUAUUAUUUUUAUUAUUACAGGUGUCACAUGUGGAUACAAAAUAUUCAAUCAACAUAGUCCAUAUAUAAGAAAACAAGAUUACAUUAAUACUAUAUUACUUUAUUUAUAUAUACUUUUAUCAAAAUUCAUUAGUGUUUUGUUACUCUUACCAACAAUAAAUUUAUAUGGAUAAUAAGUUAAAAUGAGUGAGGCUAUAUUAUUUUCUUAUAGUGGUACAAGAGGUGCUGUCUAAUUGAUGUUAGCUUUACUUGUAGUUAAAGAACCUUCUUUUAGUGAUUAAUGGAGUGAUAUUUUUUUAUUUCAUACUACUUUUAUUGUUAUAUUAACUAUGUUGAUUAAUGGAUCAACAAUACCUUUAUAUAUCAAAUAUACUGGAUUAUGUACUAUUGCUUAGUAUAGAGCAAAGGUGAGAUUGAAUUUUUUAUAGGAAAUGAAAGAGUAGAUUGAAUUUAAAUUAAAUCAAAUGAAAGAGGAUUAUAAAUAUAAAAAUAUAGAUUGGAAUAAAGUUGAAUAUUUUUCUGGAUUGGCUGAUACAAAUAAAUAGAUUCAAUAAAAAGAUGAUAAAUUAAGUAAGAAAUAAUUAGAUGAGGAAAAUAAAAAUAAAAGGGAAAAAGAAUCUAGUAUAAUUGGACGUUUUUAAAAAUUACUUAAAAGUAAAGGAUUGUAAGAUGAUUUUAAUGAUGAUGAUAUUGAAGCAGAUGAUAUUAUUGAAACAAGAGAUAGAUUUUUAAUGGCAUUAAAACAAACUUAUUGGGAUUUGUAUUCAUAGAAUUAAUGUGGUGGUAAGGCUUAUAAUUUAUUAAUUGAAUCUGUAAGAUGGGAUUUAGAUACUGUUGAAGGUAGAAUGUGUUCUUGGGAUUUCAUUUAUAAUGUCUUUUAUUCACCUAUUUAUAUGAGAUUUUUGUAUAAUUUAAAUAAAUUCCCUAUUAUUCGUAGAUACUCAGGUGAUCUAUUAUUUGAUUGGGUUGCUAUUGGUUAUGAAGUUAUUUCUACAUAUGUUAGAGCACAUGAAGGUAUAUAUAUAUAUUAUUUUAAAAUAGAAAUGGAAAACAUGAUAGAAGAUUUUCCAAUAAAUUAAAUUUUGAAAAAGAAAUUGUCUAAAGAAUCUAAAGAAAAUAGAAUAAAUGCUGAAAAUUUUAUAGAAGGAUAUUUUUAUGUUAGUUUUCCAGAAAUUAUCAAAUUAAUUCAAACAAAGAAAUCUGCAUAAGGUUGUUUAGCAAGUUAAGGAAAAUAUUUAUUAAGAAAAUAUGAAUUAGGAGAAUUAGAUGUAAUAAUUAUAUAUAUAUAAAUAAUUUAGUUUUAAUAAUAUUAAAAGUUAAAAUUGUAAUUAAAUAAUUUUGUAUGUAAUGUUGAAGACAUAAGACCUAUUUGGCCAUAAAUAUCUAUUCAUAGUAAAUUAAAAGUGCUCCCAUUAUUUAGUGAAUUUAAUGAUGACUUACUUAAAUAAUUAUCAUUACAAUCAAGAGAACUCUUGUUUGAUAAAGAUGAAUGUAUCUAUAGAGAAGGAGAUUUGGCUAGAUAUUUCUAUAUCAUAACAAGAGGAAGAGUAAAUGAAACAAGUUCAGAAAAUACAAACUAUUCAAUAUCUAAAGAUAUUGGUUAAUUUUUAUCAUGUCAUCAUAUAGUUUUGGAAUCAACUUUAUAUAUAUCUUAAGCAGUUGCAGCAUCAUUGGUUGAAGUGAUUCAAAUAGAAAUAGAAUUGAUGGUAUCUCUAUAUAAAUAGAGUCUUUAUAUGCAAGAUUUUAUAUGGAAGGACAGUAUAUUCAGUUUAAGCAGAUUCUAUCCAAAAUAGUUUUAGAUUUUAUCUCUUGUAGAAAGGGAAAUUAUUGAAAAUGUUCUUACAUUUGUUAUUUUUAAGAAAUAUUAAGCCUAUACUAAUGUAUCCUUUUAGGCAGCUAUUCUAUUGUAAGGAAGAAUAAUAGAAUAGAGAUAAGAGAAGAAGGUCAGAUUAGAAGAGGAUUAAUUUGACGUUAAUUGUAAUGAUGGUUAAUAGGGUCCUUUACUAUUUCCAUUUAUUAAUUAAACAUAUACUUAUUAAACAGAGACAGUUUGUUCAUUCUUUUUGUUUGAUGAAACUAAGAAAGAAGAAAUAAUGAAAUUGAUAUAGACUGAAAGAUCAUAAGAAAGAAGAAGAACUCGUCUUUAGACUGAUUUACGUUUCAGUGUUUCUGGAGUGAAUAAGUAAAUAUAUUGUUUAUAUUAUUUAGAUAAUCAUUUGGAUUUUCUUAUCUUUUGAGACCUUCUAAAGUGAAUUUGGACAUAAAUGAUUCUAAACAUUGA